AGAGAGCGAGGAGAGUAUGACAUUGAAGAAUUAGCCCUCGACUGUUUGUAAGAGGAUGUGUAAUGUUUGUGGUCAAUUCGUGGAUGUACUUUUGUUAUUCACUUCUGAAAAGGAGCAACAUUCUGGAAUAUAAAACAACUACCCAAUGAGAUCAGGUGGAGAGGUAUGGAUGCCCACCCUCCAGAGAACCUGUACCCAUACACCGUGUCCAGACCCAUCUACUCCAACCCCACGUUUGAGGAGGACAACGAGAGGCAGGCCCGGGAGGAGAGGACCCUGAGGGAGAGACUCAGCCGCACCUGUGGCUGCUCAGGUAGGCAGGCCCUGAAGGUUGUGAAAGGAGUCUUUCCUGUCAUUGACUGGCUCUCCAGAUACCCAAUAAGAGAGUGGCUUCCCAGCGAUGUAAUCUCUGGUGUUAGCACUGGUCUGGUGUGCAGCUUACAAGGCCUGGCCUAUGCCCUGCUUGUGUCCGUGGCUCCAGUCUAUGGACUCUACUCUGCCUUUUUCCCCAUCCUCACCUACUUCCUGCUGGGCACCUCCAGACACAUCUCUGUAGGUCCGUUCCCUGUCACCUGUCUCAUGGUGGGCUCCGUCGUGUUGACCCUCGCCCCCGAUGACCACUUCCUGCUUGCUGGGAAUGGCACCGGUGUGAAUGGAACAGAGUCUGAUGGGAUUGUGGUGGACGUGGAGGCCAUGGAGGCCCAGAGGAUCAUGGUGGCAUCCUCCAUGACUGUGCUGGUCGGGCUGUUCCAGGUGGUAAUGGGGCUGCUCCAGGUGGGCUUCCUGGUCCGUUACCUGUCGGACCCCCUGGUGGGCGGCUUCACCACGGCCGCUGCCUUCCACGUCCUCAUCUCCCAGCUGAAGAUAGUCCUCUCCGUCCCCACUAACAACCACAGCGGCUGCUUCUCCAUCCUCUACACGCUCAUCGACGUGUUCACCAACAUCAGACAGACCAACAGAGCUGACCUGGCGGCCGGGCUGCUCACCAUUGUCAUCGUCAUGGCCGUAAAAGAGGUCAACUCCAAAUUCCGGCACAAGAUUCCCGUCCCAAUCCCCAUCGAAGUGAUUGUGACCGUGGUUGCCGCUGGGAUCUCCUACGCCACCGAGCUGGAGUCGCGCUACGGUGCCAGCAUUGUGCACAGCAUCCCCAGGGGGUUUGCUCCAGCUCAGCCUCCCAACACAGAGCUGCUGUGGAACAUUCUGGGCUCCAGUUUCUCUACAGCGGUAGUGGGCUAUGCAGUAGCUGUCUCUGUGGCCAAGGUCUACGCUGCAAAACACGACUACACCAUCGAUGGCAAUCAGGAGCUGAUAGCGUUCGGGUUCAGUAAUGUGUUCUGUGGCUGCUUCUCCGGCUUUGUGGCAAGCACCGCACUGUCCCGCACCGCUGUACAGGAGAGCACCGGCGGCAAGAGUCAGGUGGCUGGUAUAAUCUCAGCUGUGAUGGUAAUGAUUGUGAUCCUGGCUCUCGGGAACCUCUUGGAACCCCUGCAGAAGUCAGUGCUGGCAGCCAUCGUCAUCGCCAACCUGAAGGGAAUGUUCAUGCAGGUGACAGAGGUGCCCACACUGUGGAGACAGAACAGAGCAGACUGUUUCAUCUGGCUGGCGACCUGCCUGGCUUCUGUGGUGUUGGGACUAGACGUGGGACUGCUGGCUGGCCUGGUGUUUGAGAUGGGAACUGUCGUGGUCCGGACACAGUUUCCUGCAUGCUCUACACUUGGAAACAUACCCGGCACAAACAUAUACAGGAACAUGAAAGACUACAAGAAUAUUGCAGAAGUUCCCGGAAUUAAGAUUUUUAAGUGCAAUGCUCCCAUCUACUUUGCCAACAUUGACUACUUCAAAGAGCGAUUGAGAGUCACGGUGGGGUUUGACUCUGUCAGAGUGUUCAAGAAGAGGAAUAAGGCCCUCAAGAAGAUUCACAAACUCAUAAAGAAAGGGAAACUGAGGGCGACAGAGACCGGGGAGGUAGUAUCCGAGGUCUCCCUGGGUGUCGAUAACAAGGGCUUUGAGUGCGAACAGGACAGUGGGCGGGAGUCUGGUCAGGUGGAGGACGGGGAUUGGCCUGUGCCAGAGGUGGAGGUCCGUGUGGAUUGGGCCAUGGAGCUGCCAGUCAGGGUGUCGGUACCUAAGGUCCAGAUCCACAGCCUGGUACUGGACUUCUCAGCCGUGUCCUUCCUAGACGUGGUGGCCGUCAAGUCCCUCAGACUGGUCAUUAAAGAGUUCCUACGCAUCGGAGUCAAUGUCUACAUUGCAGGCUGUGACGAUGAAAUUGUACGGAAAAUGGAAGCCUUGUCCUUCUUCGAUGAGGAGGUGACACGAGAUCUCCUCUUUCUCUCUGUCCACGAUGCCAUCCUCUACAUCAAACUGGAGACAGCCAAUGGGAGCAUGCAGGAUGCCAUGGUUGAGGGGCUUUCUCUAAUGCAGGAUUGCAAGGAGCCACCGCCUUUCACUGAGGAAGAGGACCUGAUUGAGACCUAUGACAACCAGCAUAGAGCAAUCCAUGGACUCUCCAACUAACACAGAAACGCAGAAGAGCUGACCCUGCAUCUGUGUUGUCUGUGAACGGAGGAUCAACCAGUAUAAGUUAUUUUCCAUAAGGGACCACGGUCAAAUCAGGUGACACUGACGAUGGAUUUUCCCCAGACUCCAGCUCAAACUCAGGGGAAGCUGCUCUUCGCCAACUGAGUAUAACUUUGGACUUUGGAGUGGACUAAGAGGGUGAUUUGAGGCAGCCGAUCAUUGAUAUCUCUCUUUAACAACAGUAAAGUGUCUUAAUUAGAUCAAUGAAUAAUAAACUGAUUUAUAUUAUUGUAACCUCUCUGCUAUGUCAAGGCCCUUCUCCUUUACAAGUGUAAUCAUAUAAAUACGGAAAAACUACAAUAGGAGUUAUGCAUGUCCUUUUCCUUGUACGCAUUUCAACAACCAUUGUUUGUGUUUGUGUCGAGGGCUUUCAGAAGAACAAAUGCAUAAAUACAGAAGUCCUGCUCAUCCAUGCAGUCGCAGUUGAUCUGUGUUAUAAGCGCUCAGUUUCCUCCCUCCAGAGAUGAGCACUCCCGUGAACCCGGAAGAGGGAAGAAGAGACACUUCUGUUUUAUUUGUGACCUACUUAGUUAAAUGGAGUCCAGAAACAAGAGUGGUACUACAUCCCAGAUCCUUUCACAGACUUCUUCUCCUCGACCCAUUCCCUGCACAGGAAGUGAUGUCAUACAGGAAAAGUUGAAGUGUGUUUAAACAAAGAUUGUCUAUUAUAUUGACAAGAUAUUCAAGUGACUGCUCUAACAAUGGAAAUACAUGUCCUCAAAGAUGGAAGGCAGGCAGAAGGCGGCGAGAUCAGGUGAGACCAUUCUAGCCAAUGAGAGAGUAGAUAAGUGUGUGAACAACAGGCCAUAGAGAUAGAUAGAAGAGUCAUCUUUGUAUUUGUGCAAUCAUAGCGUCUGUACCAGCAUGGGCAGCGCCAUUGAAGCAAACUACAUUUUAAAGUAGUCCAUUCUUUUUAGAGAAGAAAAUAACAUCCGUGGGCGUGGAGUAACCAUUCAGCUGGAGCAAGGAGUUUGAGGCAACCCAACUCAUAGGAAUCCCCACCCAGUUGAUUAAUGUAACAUGGUGAAAGCCCUCAAUGGCAAUGUCCAUACUAAUAUCCAUGAUGGGUCUAUCUCUGACAACAGGCACAACUCCGAUAUAAAGUUGGUUUUGCGUAGCUUGCAUUCUAACCAUUAUGAAACUUCUAUUCAAUCAAAUAAGCGUCACGGAGCAAAUGAUCAAUUCUAUUUUUUGUUGAUCAAAUUCGAUACAAAAAUUCCUCACUUCGGGGACAUAUUUUUGGCGGAGUAAAACCUUUUGCUUCGCUUCUUCCUCUUUGGAUUAAAGGGUUUGGUUGCUUGUUUUUUAUUAGGGCCAUUAAGAGAUGAAUGAUGCAACGUUGCGUUCUCAGUCAUCAACUCAUCACAAUAAAAGGCAGACUAGACUGUUGUAAAAAAUGUGUACUAGCAAUACCAAGAGCAGAAUUGUAAAGUUGUUUUUCUUUUAAUCAUGUCUAAAUAUGGACUGCAAGCAUUUAAAGCUUUGUGGAAUAUUAAAUUUAGUGUCAUAUUUCCUUUCCCAGUCAAUCAAAAUAUCCUUAUCUGCCUCUGGCCAUGUGCGAGGUAUGAGUUGUUUGUGCAGAUUACGGCCCUAGCGUUCCCCUGAUGUUCCUGUGUGGGUUACUGUGAAGUAAGUUUGAUAGUGCUGUGUUACUAAUUGAGGGAUGAUGUUUACUUUGUUUUCAAAUCUGGCGCCUACUGGAGCACUGUGUAAACGGCAUUCAUUCUUCACCACAUUGGACUACAGUGGCUGACUGAGUCUGAACAUGGUUCUCAAAUAAGGUAUAUUCAACACUUGUUGAGUUAUGUUUCAUUUUAUCACUUGGGGGAGUACAGUCUUUCUAGAUGGGAGAGGCAAGAACUUGUACAGUGGGUUGUAUAGUGUAAAGCCAGCUUUAAAAAUACAUAUUGCUUUCCGUUCAGUCUCUAACAUAGUCACUACUGUAAGACUCACACACACCUUUUUUUAUCAGAUUCAGUCUAUUUCAGUGAGCGGUCUACCUCACUAUUUGACUGCUGCAUCUAUUCAGAUCAAGGUGUUCUUUCUAUAAGCAGGUUACUGUUUCCGUAUGUACAGGUUGCUCCAUUCUUAAUGAUUGUGAAACGAUAGCUGCAUUUAUACCUGGUUCUAGCUUUGUCCUGAUCUUGUCCACGUUCUGUUUGUGCCCACAUUUUUUAGACAGGUAGAAAAUCAAAAGACACAUUGUGAUCUGAUUGUGAUCAUAUCAUCCUGUCCACCUCUGGUAGUCAGACACACAUUGUGUCUGGGUAUCUUACAAGUGUAGACAGAUCUGGACAGAGAAAGCAUUUAAAUCAUAUUUUUUCCCGCCCUAUAAAAUCAUUGACAGGUGGCACCGUUGACUGAUUACAUCAAUAUGUGUCCAACAAUAAAUAAAUGAAUAGCAUUUUGAAAACAUAGUUGUGAAAUCAUUUACAUAAAGGAAGGGACCAGAACAUUUGGUCACAAUGCAGACACAGGGGACAGGUAAAAACAUAUUUUAAUGCCAUGUGUCGACACAUUUCUGGAAAUAUGGGCACAAUCAGAAUGUAGACAAGAUCAGAACAAAGGACUCAUGUCAUCACCAGGUAUCAAUGGGGCUUAGAGCAUCCAUCAUGGCAUCAUGAUUUAAAAAAAAAUAUGAUUAUAUUAUCAGUAAUUCAUAUUUGACAGCAACUUUAUAAACCAUGUCGUGGGUGUGAGAUUGUUAAAUAAUUCUGUCUUUGAAGAGAGGGUUUAUUGUGUUCUGAUCUCCAUCGGUGGUUGUGGAUUGUUAUGGUUGCUAGGAUUCUCCCAUAUGGAACCUGUUCCUGGGGACAACCUGACAUACAUCCUUUCUUUAUUGUUUAUCAUCACAAUGUAAAAGGUUCUCAGUUUUCUCUGCUGAAUACUACCGCACUGUUUAUUGGUUGUUCUAUUGUUAUUAUUAUGUUGUGUAGGCCAUGCCAAGCUCCUAUCAGGAGUGAUUCAUUGAUUCAAUGAUUUACGGACUAUUUGAAUACUCACUAAAUGAUACAUGAGAAAGUAUGUUCAUUCAUAUAUGAGACAUGUUUAUUUAUUGUGCUUUAUUUAAUGUACUUUAUUGUAGUAUUGUACAAGCCAAUUGUAUUCACAUAUGACUCAAAAAUAAUUGUACUUUUAAAUUACUUACUUGCAAAACCCUACACACAAAAACCUAAAAUGCAGACAGACCAUCACAAAUUUUUAAACAGUUAUAUUAGUAAUUCUUCACAUACCUCAAUCACAUCACUGUCAAAAUGGGUCACAACCAAGUCACUCAGUUCACCUUGCCCUGUGAGAGACCGUUCUUUUCUUUAAUCUGCCUUUAUGAGUGGAAAGGGCAGUAAUAGGGAGUCAGUGGAAACUGUUUGUCCUUGUAGUCGUUAAAGGAGCAAUCCAGCCUUCAUCAGGCAUUAGAAAUCUGACAACACACAUGUCAAAGCCUUGAAGGACAAAGGCCCGAUCUAUAACAAACAGCAUGACAAGGCAAGAACAUCAUGUUAAUAUGAGGAUGUGCUUCUUUUGAUUUAGGAGACUCUUAUCUUGAUUAAAUGUAAACAAAAACAUGAGCAGGUCAAACAGAUGUUUUGUUUGUUCUGGAGGCACUAGUGGUCACUAGCUGGCACAGUCACAAAGUCAUACAAUCAGAUUUGAAUCCUAACCAUCAUUUUUGUUUUUAUGGAUUUUUACAAUAAAGACAAUUUUGCAGCUGGCCCAUCUAGAGGAAAUCUCUCAGUUCUGCCUCCAGGGCAAUAUUCAUGACAAGAAACAUCAACCUGUGAAACAUACACCCCAAAUAUGUUUCUUCGGGUACUGUAAGUAAUAAAUAUACAGUAAAAACAGAGAAUUAAGUAACCUUCCCCUAUACACACGUGCACCUACUGUACACACACACACACACACACACACACACAUGCACACCUGUGAGGUCAUUCCCACAGACAUGCUAUUUUCACUUGACUGGAAUGCAGCAUUGAAAGCCAACAAAAACAUAUACUAUUUUGCUGUGAUAAAACUGUGAUGAUAACAUAAAGCAGAGAUACCUGUAGCUUAUCAACUGGUCACGCAACAAGAUCUGGGUCAAUGUAAUAUGUUUUCAUAGAGCCGCCUGUGGUUAGGAAAUCUGUUCCCAAGUAUUCCCAAGCAUAACUAGAGAGGAAUAUGUGAUCCCAAUGUAAUCAAGGUUUGAAAUGACUCUGUUUUUGUCAAAUACUAAAUCUGUUUGUGCUUCUUUGGGUCUAUUUGCAGUGCACAAAUUAUUUAUGACUAUGUUCCAGCCUCUCAAUCAUUCACUCAAGAAUAAAUUGUCCUGUGUCUGAUGUCAUUAAGGACCCCUGAUGUAUGGUGUAUAUAGAUAGGCUGUAAAUAGGUAUGCUGUAGGCCUUUGUUUGACACAAGUGGUCAGCAUGUACUGUAGAUAUGAUGAAAUUGGGUCAUAACAGUCUGGACAAAACAAUUACUAUUAUAUUUUUACAUUGUUAUUCUUGAAUUUCUUCAGAUGGGUGCUUUAGAUAGGCUUCAUGUAAGACCUACUGUUAAGUACAACAAGACAUCCCCUGCACUGACACCCCAACCCCAGAUGAACAAUAAUAUCCCUUCUGUGUGGCUGCAAUGAAUCUCACAACAUUAGCCAGUGUCACGUCCUGACCUUAGUUCCUUUUUUAUGUCUCUAUUUUGGUUUGGUCAGGGCGUGAGUUGGAGUGGGCAUUCUAUGUUUUUCAUUCUAUGCUUUGUUCUGUGUGUAUUUCUAUGUGUUUGGCCUGGUAUGUUCCCAAUCAGAGGCAGCUGUCAAUCAUUGUCUCUGAUUAAGAAACAUACUUAGGUAGCCUGUUCCCACCUGUGUUUGUGGGUAGUUGUUUUCUGUUUUUGUAUUCUGUAUUCUUUUGUUGAUUUUCCAUUCAGUGUUCAAUUCAUAAUAAAAGAUGAACACGUACCACGCUG